AUGCAUCUCACCCUUUUGUUGCAUGUCGCCGUCGCGGCGCUCCUCUAUGCUCCACGUGUUAACGCAGACACCUGUUCUGUGAUCCAGGGCAACCAGUACUGCCAUGCUGUUCCAUGGUUUGAAUACACUAAUGUCGGCAGCGAUGGCACCUAUCAAGAGGUCACAAACAUGGGCUCUGAUGGCACAUGUUCUACUCGACCUAAGCACUUUGGUGGUCCUCUCGCUCCGUUCAAUGAAGAGCUCUCCCUUCACUUUCGUGGACCGCUGAACCUGCGACAACUUGCUGUUUACAAUCUCGUUGGUUCUCAGAAGCGCCAGGACAACCCGGGUGGGCGUGGACAUCAGCACGCUGAUAACGGACUGAAGCUGAAGGAAAAGAAUGAGGCUCCCGAACAAUCGCAGCAUCGGUCUGUACAAGUGGUGACUACUACCAUUGUUACUACUACCAUCGUUGCUACUCCUCGGAUGUUUACUACCACCCUUAACGGCAAACUCGUCUCCUGGAUCGAAAACACAUGCGGGGAACCCACCAGCGCGUCUCCUCCUGCUGUAGAGAGUUCUGCUAGCCCGCUACGUAGCUCUGACUCAGCACAUGAACCCGCCGUCUCUACCCAAGAUCAACAUGCGUCUCCUGCUCCUCAAGUGACACCCGCCUUGCCCGCCUCUGUCCAUGGCAAUGGCGGUGAUUUCAAACGAAUCGCAUACUACGAUACCAACACACACACAGCUGAUAACCUGGUGUUCCUCGGAAACCGUGGUGGUGAUGGCUCAGGCGUGUUUGACUUCAAUUGGGGUUCCUCUCUCGCCUACUCGAAUUCCAAAGGCUCAGGCGGUGCAUCUGGUCCUGAAAUUCUUGAUGAUGUCGUUAUUAGAUCGGCCAAUGAAGUCAUCGUCAUGCUGAACAAGAAGUGUGAGAAUGGUGAUUGCGGCUAUACCCGUCCCGGCGGAGUUGCUUAUCAUGGAUUCGGUGAAACUGUGAAGAUCUUUAUGAUUGAAUUCUUCAUGCCUCAUGAUGGAGCCACUGGCUUUUUAGCAGACCAGCCCGCUAUCUGGAUGCUCAACGCCCAUAUCCCACUUACGCGCCAGUACGGAGACUGUUCAUGCUGGAAGAGCGGUUGUGGGGAGCUCGACAUCGCAGAGGCUCUUCAUAGCGGUUCAGAAUUCUUGACAUCAACCUUGCAUAGCCAGCAUCCAGCUGGCAGUGCAAAUUACUUCAACCGCCCUACUACCAAAACCAUGAAGUUGGCGGUUACUUUCAACGGCGACGCGUCGACGAUCGCCAUUGUUAUACUGCCAGAUGAUACACCUUUCGGUCCCGGAUUCGCUGCCAAGCACAUCGAGAAGCUGAUGAAUUCCCCCUCGGCAAAGCGCGUCUCCCCCCGUGCUGAUAUCCUGUGA